AUGGAUGAAAUCAAGUCAUGCUCUAAGAAGACAGAAGAAGAAGAAUUGGUAGAACAACACUUUCAACAAAACCACUAUCGUGACAAAGAUGGUGUAUUUGUUGUUCAAAUGCCACUUAAAGAAGAGUUUAAGGAAAUUGACUCGUCAGUUGUACUACACUGGAUAAGGAAGCUUCCGUGCGACCUGAAAACUUAUGUGGCCAAUCGUGUCUCGUGCAUACAGUCGAACACACAGGCUAAAUGCUGGCACUAUGUCAAUACAAAAGAAAACCCAGCUGAUUUACUGAGUAGAGGUGUACAUCCGUCUGCGUUAGCGGACAAUAAACUAUGGUUGGAAGGGCCCAAGUGGCUUCAACAACCACGUACAGGUUGGCCUGGAACAGGUCUCGAUAAAGAAUGGCCAGAGACAGUCUUAGGUACAGAUUGGCCUGAUGGAGGCCUUAGUACAGAUGCAUUAAUAGAAGUACAGAAAGAGUUUAAAGUUUGUAUAGUAGUAAAAUUGAAACCACAAUUAUGUAAAUGUUUAAAGAGAAAAGGUUACAAUGUUCCACUUUUGGAAUAUACAAAUAAGUUAGAAAGGUUAGUCAAUAUAGUCAGCUAUAUGAUUCGUUUCAUAGAUAACUGGUCCAAAAAGCCAACUUUUAAAAUAAGAAUACAGAGACGUACAGGCAAAGUACAAGUGCUAACCUUGCCAGAAAAAGCAAGAGCAAUGGCGUAUCUCUUGCGCAAGUCACAGGAAGAACGCUAUGGUAGAGAGAUAACAUGGCUGAAGAAGGGGAAAGGUCUUCCAGAAGGAAGUGAUCUGGGACCGCUCAAUCCACUUCUAGAUGUACAGAAUAUAUUAAGAGUAGGUGGUAGAUUAGACAGAAGCAGCAACUCAUACAAGAUGAACCAUCCUGCAAUCGUUCCUAAUGGCUCAAGGCUAGCAUUGUUAAUUGCAAAUCACGCACACCGCAACACAAAACAUGGUGCAGUACAGGUUAUGAUGCAAUUUAUUCCCGAUAAAGAAAGUGUGCUCUCGGAUUAUAAUAAUACAGGAUGUGUUUGA